AUGGCGCUCCCGAGCGAGACGCGCCCGCAGAAGCUGCUCGCGUCCGCGCUCGAGAAGCUGGAGCGCGCGAAGCCCAAGGCUGGGCUCGUCGACGCGGACGUGGACUUCAAGGUGUGCCGCGACUUCGCGCUGAGAGUCUACGCGCGCGCGGACAGAGCGGACCGCGCGGGGAAGGCGGACGCGAGGCUGGCGGACGCCUUCUCCGCCGCCGCGACGUUUCUCAAGGCGCGGUCCCUCACUUUCGACCCCGACGCGCCUCGACGCCUUUCAACUUCAACCGACGCCUUUGAACUCCGCCCCGAUAUCAUCGCUUCGUACGGAACGGCCCUCGUCAAGGUGUUGCGGCGCUUCGGCGAGCCGCUCGACGACGACCUGCGCGAGCGACAGACGUACGCGGAGUGGCGCGCGUGGGACAUCGCGACGGCGAUGCAAGCGGGGAGGGCGCCGAGCGUCGUGGGGGGAGGGGCCCAGGGGGGCGGGGGCGGGAGCCCGGCGUUCCGCGCGCCGGAGCCGCCGCCGGCGGCGGCGGCGGCGGCGGCGCCGCCGCAUCCGUCCUUGGACGCUCUGCACAUAGCGAGCGAGUCGCCGCCGCCUCCGCCGCCGCCGAGACGACGGUCGAUGAGCGGCGUCGCGUGGGGCUCCGGCGGUCCGUUCAAAAAAGGCGACCGCGUGCUGUACCGCGGCGGCGGCGGCGGCGGCGGCGACGACGACGCGGAGAUCGCCCCGCUCGCGGCGAUCGUGACGGACGUGGACGCGAGCGUCGACCCGCGCGGGUACGUGAUCGACGUGAACGGCGUCGAGAGAUGCACGGAGGCGAGCAGGCUCGCGCCGGCGGCGACGGGUCCCGGAGCCGCGGGGGACGACGGCGGCGCUUCGCCUAGCGAAGUCCUUGAUGAGGAUCGGCUUCAUUCACAUCGCGAACGCGGUCGUACGGGGACCGGUGUGAAUACGAACGGCGGUCCCGACGAGACGGCGAUGGCCGCCGCGGCGACGCGCGCGCGCGACGCCGCGGCCGCGUUGGACUCGCGCGAUCACGUCGCCGCGGUGGCGUCCUUGCGCGCCGCGCUCGCGGCGCUCGUCGGCGAAGGAGACGAGAGAGACGCGCGGUGA